AUGAACCGCCAAUUCACCUGCAAGCCUGGAGCUGGCAACAGGGGCUUCAGCGGCUGCUCAGCUGUGCUAUCCAGCAGCUCUUCCUCUUACAGGGCAGGAGGCAAAGGGCUCGGUGGGGGCUUCAGCAGUCGGAGCCUCUACAGCCUGAGGGGUGCCAGGAACAUCUCCUUCAAUGUGGCUGGCGUUAGCGGGCGCACAGGGGGAUAUGGGUUUGGACGGAAUAGGGCGAGUGGCUUUGCUGGCAGUAUGUUUGGCAGUGGGGCUCUGGGGCCUUCAAACCCAUCCCUGUGUCUGCCGGGAGGCAUCCACCAGGUCACUGUCAACAAGAGCCUGCUGGCUCCACUUAAUGUGGAAUUGGACCCGGAGAUCCAGAAGGUGCGCGCGCAGGAGCGGGAACAGAUCAAGGCUCUAAACAACAAGUUCGCCUCCUUCAUCGACAAGGUGCGCUUCCUGGAGCAGCAGAACCAAGUGCUGGAGACCAAGUGGGAGCUGCUGCAGCAGCUGGACCUGAACAACUGCAGGAAGAACCUGGAGCCCGUGUAUGAGGCCCACAUCAGCAGCCUGCAAAAGCAGCUGGAUACGCUGUCUGGGGACAGGGUGAGGCUGGACUCGGAGCUGAGGGGCAUGCGGGAUGCUGUGGAGGACUGCAAGAAGAGGUAUGAAGAAGAAAUAAACAAGCGUACAACCGCUGAGAAUGAAUUUGUGGUGCUUAAGAAGGAUGUGGAUGCAGCAUACAUGAGCAAGGUGGAGCUGCAGGCCAAGGUGGAUGCCCUGGACGGAGAGAUCAAGUUCCUCAAGUGUCUGUACGAAGGGGAGAUUGCUCAGAUGCAGUCCCACAUCAGUGACACAUCUGUCAUCCUGUCCAUGGACAACAACCGCAACCUGGACCUGGACAGCAUCAUCGCUGAAGUCCGUGCCCAGUAUGAGGACAUCGCCCUGAAGAGCAAGGCCGAGGCCGAGAUGGUGUACCAGACCAAGUUCCAGGAGCUGCAGCUGGCAGCCGGUCGCCAUGGGGAUGAUCUCAAACACACCAGGAAUGAGAUCUCUGAGUUGACCCGGCUCAUCCAGAGACUGCGAUCAGAAAUUGAGAAUGUGAAGAAGCAAUGCUCCAAUCUGGAGAUGGCCAUUGCUGAUGCCGAGCAGAGAGGUGACUGUGCCCUCAAGGACGCCCGGGCCAAGCUGGAUGAACUGGAGGGCGCCCUGCACCAGGCCAAGGAGGAGCUUGCUCGGAUGAUGCGCGAGUACCAGGAGCUGAUGAGCGUGAAGCUGGCACUGGACAUUGAGAUCGCCACCUACCGCAAGCUGCUGGAGGGCGAGGAGUGCAGGAUGUCUGGGGAACACACCAGUGCCGUGAGCAUCUCAGUUAUCAGCAGCUCCACUCCUGGGGCCGUCGGUGCAGGGGCCAGUUUUGGAUUCAGUAGCACUGGCAACUAUGGCUACCGGACCAGCUCUGUCAGUGGGGGCUACAGCAUACUGUCUGGGGGCUGUGUCACUGGUGGUGGGAAUUGCAGCUCCCGUGGAGAGACCAAGGCUAGACUGGGCAGUGCAAGUGAAUUUAAGGAUGUUUCAGGAAAGAACUUGGCUUUGGGCUCACCCACGAAGAAAACCAUGAGAUAA